UAUGUUUAGCAUAUUUGAUGUUGUUGGAUAAAUAAUAAGUCAUAGGUUAAAAAAUUCAAUGCAAUUUAAUGAAAUAGAAAAAUAUUACUAUUGUUAUUACAGUAUAGUCUUAAUGUUCAGAAUAAACAAUGUUCAGAGUAAACAGUAAAAAGCUAUUAAUAAUUAAGAGAUAAGUAUAAUGCAGAGUGGAGAUAAAGAAGAAGUAUAAUGAAGGAAAACCUAAGUUCCCUCCAAAAUCCAAAAUCCAAAAUAGAGGGAUUCUGGAUUGAACUUUGAAGUUGAAUCGUUCGUUAUCAUCAACCAAUUUAAUGUCAACGAAACAGAAACAUCUCUUCUUAAAAUCCCCAAAUCUUAAAUUUAAUCCCGUCGUUCACUCGCACUCUCUCCCCCGUCGGUUACGAAUUGCUGAUAUUCUUCUUGCCGAUCAAGAUCACGACGGCGUCGAUUGCAUGGACGCCUUCCGAGAAACGUCGACGAAGAAAUGCUUUUCGCCUCUCAGACUCGUUGAGUCGUUGCUGGCGCCGCUGAGGCCGGCCAAGGGGUUUCGACUUCAGCAACGCCGGCAGAAUGAGACUGGUGAAUUGAACACGGCGCCGGCGCCGACAAAUGAACUCAAAGGAAGCGAUGAUUCUAUCGAGAACCCUGGACGGUUACAUGAGAGUGAUACAUCUUUUAAGCUAGGAGUUGGUUGUGGCUUGCUGUAUCUCCUUGCAGCAAGUAAAAAUGAGCUAGGUAAGAUGGUUGAGCUGCGGAAAGAAAUGGAGGUGCUCCUUCAAAACAUGAAAGAUGAACUACAGCGGAAAGAUGCGCUUCUUAAGCCGUUGAAACAGAAUGACGCUCUUGCCCUUUCCAUAACUGAUAUUCAAGAAGUUUCCAGCUCUGAUAGUCACAUUUCUAUUCAUUCACAAACACAGUAUGUUCAACCAGAGUCAAAACGAAAUAUGGUUCCCAAUAAUUUUCUAGAAUAUGACAUAAGUGAACAAGGUGAAUGUGCAGAAGAAAUAAAUGAUCUCCAGGCAGAAUUUGAAAUUGAGUUACAGAGGUUGCAGCUGUAUUUGGAUGGAGAAACUGAAUUCGAAGAUGCAAAGCACGAGGGAGUCAAGGUUACUGUUAAGGACUGUAGUUCAAAAAGCAGCCAUAGCUCAAGUUUUGGUGAAAUAACAAUGGAACCUAUAGGAGCAAGUUAUGACGUAUCAUUUGGAGUUUCUCCAAUUGAAUUGGAGAGAAGGUUGCAUGAACUGCUUGAAGCAAGACUGGAAGAACGGAUAACAGAGCUGGAGUAUGGGUUAGAAUGUACAACGCAAAAGCUUAUCAAGAAAGAGAUAGAGGCUACUUGGUGGAAAGACACCGCACGACUUCUCUCACAACACGUUCCAGAAACUUCUCGGUUUACUUUUCCACUCGAUCCUGAGAUUGCUGUAAAUUUGAGUAAAUUUGUAGGAUAGUUUGUAUCAGUGUGCAGUCAAUUAAGCAACCAUAAUAUUGUUGAAUAGUACAAUUUAAUCACCCACUGUUAUAUGUACAUAUGACUCUCUUUUUUCUUCAAAAUUUUGGUUUAGCCCUCUACAGUUAAUAAUAAUGGUUUGCAGAAUUGUUUUAAAUAGGUUUGGGAACUACCAAUAGUAGAAUUCAAAUUGAAGUGAAUUAAAAUUAUUUUCCAUUACUACACCAGAUGUGUUAGCACUGAGCACUAUUUAUUAUUUAUUUUUCUUGUGUAAAGAUUUAGGUUGGGAACUGGAAGAUAUUGAAAUCUGUUUGAUGUA